CACAGGCUGUGCUCUCGGGUCGCCGGGCAACGCGAUGCAACAGUCGAGCCGCCAUGUGCGCCGCCGAGGUGGACUCUCUCGUAGCUCAGCGAUUCCGCAUCAAGCGACGACUAGGAAAAGGGGCCUAUGGCAUCGUGUGGAGAGCAGUGGACCGCAGGACAGGCGAGGUGGUGGCCAUCAAGAAGAUCUUCGAUGCCUUCAGGGAUAAGAUGGACGCGCAGAGGACGUUCCGGGAGAUCAUGCUUCUUCAGGAGUUUGAAGGCCAUCCCAACAUUAUCCGCCUCCUGGACGUGAUCCGAGCACAGAAUGACCGGGACAUCUACCUGGUGUUCGAAUCCAUGGACAUAGACCUGGGCACCGUGAUCGCCAAGGGCUCAUUGCUGCAGGAUGCCCACAAACGCUACAUCUUCUACCAGCUGCUGCGGGCCACCCAGUCCAUCCACGCCAGCCACGUCAUCCAUCGUGACCAGAAGCCGUCCAAUGUCCUGCUGGACGCCAACUGUCUAGUGAAGCUCUGUGACUUCGGCCUGGCCCGGCCCCUUGGUGGUGAGGCCGAGGGGUCUGGAGGCCAGGCCCUGACAGAGUACGUGGCCACACGCUGGUACCGUGCCCCGGAGGUGCUGCUCUCCUCGCCCUGGUACACCCCGGGGGUGGAUAUGUGGAGCCUGGGCUGCAUCCUGGGCGAGAUGCUGCGGGGGAGGCCCCUGUUCCCGGGCACGUCCACGCUGCACCAGCUGGAACUCAUCCUGCAGGCUAUUCCACUGCCCAGUGAGGCUGACCUGCUGGCUCUAGGCUCCAGCUACAGCUCAUUGGUUCUACAUCACCUGGGCGCCCGACCUCGGCAGGAGCUGCACGCCCUCCUACCGCCGGACACUCCCGCGCAAGCGCUGGAUCUCCUGCAGCGGCUGUUGGUGUUCGCUCCGGACAAGCGACUGAGCGCUGCGCAGGCCCUGCGGCACCCCUACGUGCAGAGGUUCCACUGCCCCGGCCAGGAGUGGACGCGAGAGGCGGCCGUCCGGCUGCCAGCACCCGGACAGCUCCAGCUCUCAGCGGCGGAGUACCGCGACCGUCUCUACCAGAUGCUACUGCAGCGCAGACACCGCGGAAGCGGCCGGACACCCGAGGGCUCGGGCUGCACGCCGCCGGGGACAGAGCGCAGGGCCUCGCGGGCCCGGCCUGCGCAGGAGCCCGCACCCCGGCUUCAGGGAGGCUGCCGCCAUGACGGCGAGCGCGAAGUCCCCGGGCGGCGCCCGGCCCCCCGACUGCAACUCCCAGCCCCAGCGAGGGCGCAUCGGCCACCGGAGGUGCCUUCUGCCCCGGCAGGGGUGAGGCCAGGCGCGGGGGCACCGGCGCCCUCCCUGACCUCGGAGGCCACAGCCCAGGCGGCUAACCGCGUUCUGCUCCGUGACUACCGGACGCGGGCCAGCAGCCGGGGCCCUCGGCGCUCUCCCCCGGCCCGCCCACAGCCACCUCUGUGCGCCCAGGUGCCUCUCCGCGAGGCUGCCGAGCCUCGGCCGGGACGGAAACAGUUUGGCUCGGCCGCCUCGCAGGGGGUGCAGGGCGCCGCCCGGGCCGCGCUCGGAGGCUACUCCCAGGCCUACGGGACCGUCUGCGGCUCGGCACUGGCCCGCCUGCCCCUGCUCCCGGGGCCGCGCGCCUAGCCGCCU